UCUUUCUAAGGCCACCAAAGCUUCAGAAGAACUCCUUGCGUCAUUAUUGGCAGCUUGCCCUUGCCCCCCAUUGGCUCCCUUCCUUGUCUCACAACUUGUCCCGGGCUUUGAUUGGCUCUCCUCCCCGUCGCUCACAUAGUGGGCGUGCCUGCGUUUUGUCCGGCCCUGGCUGCACCGUUGCUGAGGGGAGGAGGAGGAGGGGCCUCCAUCUUUAUUUCUUUGUUUCAAACCCUUUAAACUCGUUACUACCGUUCUCGUUUCAUGUGUUUAUUGGUGGCUUUCCGGGCGGGCAGCCCCUGGUAAGCACCGGAGCGGGUGUAAGCGGUGUCUCAGCGGACGGGGCAGGCCUCGGGCGGCGGCGGGAGGAGGCGGACACCGGGAGAAUGAAGCGGCGGAAUGCGGACUGCAGUAAACUCCGGCGCCCGUUAAAACGGAACCGAAUAACUGAUGGCAUCUACGGCAGAAGAUUUUAACCUUGCUGCUCCCAUUCACUCGCUAGACAAGGGUCCCCUAUUCUCAUGGUUGGUGGGGGAUCCCUGAGUACCUUCCUGUAUCUGAAGUUCCUUGUGGUCUGGGCCCUUGUGUUGCUGGCGGACUUUGUGCUGGAGUUUCGAUUUGAAUACCUGUGGCCAUUCUGGCUGUUCAUCAGAAGUGUGUAUGAUUCCUUCAGAUACCAAGGCUUGGCCUUCUCAGUAUUUUUUGUGUGUGUAGCAUUCACGUCAGAUAUAAUAUGUCUCCUAUUUAUACCAGUGCAAUGGCUAUUCUUUGCAGCUAGUACCUAUGUUUGGGUACAGUAUGUGUGGCACACAGAAAGAGGCGUCUGUCUACCUACAGUCUCGCUGUGGAUACUCUUUGUGUAUAUCGAAGCAGCAAUUAGGUUUAAAGAUCUGAAGAAUUUUCAUGUAGAUCUAUGUCGUCCAUUUGCUGCACACUGUAUUGGAUAUCCUGUAGUCACUUUAGGCUUUGGGUUUAAAAGCUAUGUCAGUUAUAAAAUGCGGUUAAGAAAACAGAAAGAAGUACAGAAGGAGAAUGAGUUUUAUAUGCAGCUCCUACAGCAGGCACUACCCCCAGAACAGCAAAUGUUACAGAGGCAAGAAAGGGAAGCAGAAGAAGCCGCCAAGGGUUUAUCUGAAAUGGAUUCUUCAAUACUGUUACAGCACAAUGGACUCUCAUCGAAUAAAAAAAUUUCCAGCACGUUACCAGAGCUGGAAUAUAAAGAAAAGGGCAAAGACAAGGAUGUGAAAAGACACAAUUUAGGGAUAAACAACAAUAUCCUUCAGCCCACAGACUCUAAAGUUCAAGAGAUUGAAUAUAUGGAGAAUCAUAUCAACAGUAAACGACUAAAUAAUGACUUGGGGAGUACAGAGAACCUCUUAAAGGAGGACAUGUGCACUAGUUCCUCUAAGAACUACAAGAACACCACAGGGACUGCAAAUUCAUCUCCUCGGAGCCACAGCUCAUCGAAUGGGACUAUCCCUUCUGCAACAUCCAGCAAAAAUGACAAGAAGAAAUGCACUAGUAAAAGUCCAAGCAUGCACAAAGAUCCAACAGAAAACUGUAUUCCAAACAACCAGCUUAGUAAGCCAGACACAUUAGUGAGGUUGGAACAAGAUGUCAAAAAAUUAAAAGCAGAUUUGCAGGGCAGCAGGCAGAUUGAACAGGAUCUCCGCAGUCAGAUCAAUGUACUAACAAGCACGGAGCGGGGAAUUCGAAAUGAAAUAGGGCAGCUCCGACAGGAAAAUGAGCUGCUGCAAAACAAAUUGCAUAAUGCUGUUCAGAUGAAGCAGAAGGACAAGCAGACCAUUAGUCAGCUGGAGAAGAAGCUAAAAGCAGAGCAAGAAGCUCGAGCAUUCGUAGAGAAGCAGCUGAUGGAAGAGAAGAAGAGGAAGAAAUUAGAAGAAGCCACAGCAGCCAGAGCAGUCGCCUUUGCUGCAGCUAACAGAGGUGAAUGUACAGAAACAUUAAGAAGUCGAAUCAGAGAUCUAGAGAGUGAAUGUAAAAAGUUAUCAAUAGACAUGAAGCUGAAAGAAGACCAGAUAAGGGAACUGGAGUUAAAAGUUCAGGAGCUGCGAAAGUACAAAGAAAAUGAAAAAGAUACAGAGGUGUUAAUGUCUGCACUUUCAGCCAUGCAGGAUAAAACACAGCACUUAGAAAAUAGCCUCAGUGCGGAAACCAGAAUCAAGCUGGAUUUGUUCUCUGCACUAGGUGAUGCGAAAAGACAGCUGGAGAUUGCCCAAGGACAAAUUCUUCAGAAAGAUCAAGAAAUAAAAGACCUCAAACAGAAGAUUGCAGAAGUAAUGGCUGUAAUGCCCAGCAUUGCAUACACUGCAGGGACAAGUACCCUAAGCCCAGUUUCCCCACACUACUCUUCCAAGUUUGUGGAGACUAGCUCAUCUGGGUUGGACCCCAAUGCAUCAGUUUACCAGCCACUCAAAAAAUGAAUGCCAGCUGCCAUCAGCCCACCCAGUCCCCUUUUCCCCCCACAAAUUUUGUCUGACUGGAGUCAACAUGCAAAAGCAUCUGUUGCAAUUAAAGAUGGAAUUGUAUUACAAGAACUGUAUUUGUGUUAACUUAAAAUGAAAAAGAAAAAAAAUCAAAGCUGAUAGCACCAUGUUGCAAUAGGAUGAGGUGAUUUUUGUUUCUUGUUUAUUUGAACUUUUUUUUUUUUUUUU